UCCGGGCUGCUGUGCAGGCACGGACAUUUCUUCUAGAGCUGGAUGUGGGUUGCAGGAUAUCGGCAGUGACUCAGGCAAGCACCCUGACGCACUGAAUGGUUGAACUCAACGUUAGCUUUAUUUUCUGUACGGUAGCCCUGUUUACCAGCCAUGGAAUCCGCUUGUUAUAUUCAGUCCCACCCUUACCAAUGCAACGCGCUGGGCGCGGAUUUAUAUCGGACUACUCACCAGACCGGACCCGCUGUUCCUCGCUCACCCAAGCCUGAUCCUCGGCGCUCUCCGCAGCAACAGCCCUGUAAGCUCAUCACAGACCCACUGAGCGGCAAGGCGUACACUAAGGGCAGGCUCAUGGGCAAGGGUGGGUUUGCACGCUGUUAUGAAAUGACAGAGGUCUCUACUAACAAAACAUAUGCAGUCAAAGUUAUUCCACACAGCCGUGUUGCAAAACCUCAUCAGAGAGAGAAGAUUGUAAAUGAAAUAGACCUUCACAGAGAGCUUCAUCACAAACAUGUGGUCAAAUUCUCACAUCACUUUGAAGACUCUGAGAACAUAUACAUUUUCCUUGAACUUUGCAGCCGAAAAUCUCUCGCCCACAUCUGGAAAGCUCGGCACACACUACUAGAACCAGAAGUGCGGUAUUUUUUGAAACAGAUCAUUUCUGGAUUGAAGCAUUUGCACCUUAAAGGCAUCCUGCACAGAGACUUGAAACUAGGUAAUUUCUUCAUCAAUGAAAGCAUGGAACUAAAAGUUGGAGACUUUGGAUUAGCUGCCCGUUUGGAGCCCCCUGAGCAGAGAAAGAAAACUAUAUGUGGAACACCAAACUACUUGGCACCUGAAGUUCUCUACAGGCAGGGGCAUGGACCAGAAUCUGACAUAUGGUCUCUAGGAUGUGUCAUGUAUACAUUGCUCUGUGGAACCCCACCGUUUGAGACAUCUGAUCUAAAGGAGACCUACCGCUGUAUAAAACAGGUGAAAUAUACCUUACCAGCCUGUUUGUCCUCUGCUGCAAAGAACCUUCUCAUGGGAAUCCUAAAACGCACCCCUGGGGAGCGACUUACACUUGACCAGAUUCUAGAGCAUGAAUUCUUUACAAAGGGUUACACUCCAGAUAAGCUUCCCCCAAGCAGCUGUGUAAUGGUUCCUGACCUUCAUCCACCCAAUCCUGCAAAGAGCCUCUUCACUAAAGUUGCCAAAAGCUUGUUUGGCAAAAACAAAUCAAAAACAAAGAAAAGUCCCACUGAUGAGAAAGAUGAUAUCUCUAAGUUAGUCACAGGACUGGUAAAAACAUCCAUCUGCAGACAGCUGAGUUACAAGACUGUGGAUGGAAAUGAGGUUGCCCCAGUAACUAGUCCUGCUGUAACUGGCUACUCCAGCCCUGUGGACACUUUGACUGAAGAAGCUUCUGGGAAAUCUGUGUCUCGUUCUAUUCGUGGCAGUUUGGUCAGCAGUAGUGAUGCAUUUGAAGACUGCAUCACAGCUGCUGGGGUGAUGGAGACUGCCCUUGCAAUUUUAAAGGAUUGUUUGUCCUCUAUGCCAGCAGUUGAGGGGAAUCCUUCCAGCCUGGCAAAACCUGAGCAUUUUGUCUGGGUUAGCAAAUGGGUUGAUUACUCUAACAAAUAUGGCUUUGGCUAUCAGCUGUCCAACCGCAGUAUAGGAGUUCUCUUUAACAGUGGAACCCACAUGGUGUUUCCUGCUCAUCGCAGACAUGUGCACUACAACCUCACAAAUAGCCGCCAUUUUGUAUUCCCAACAUCUACUGUUCCGGAGCAGUUGCAGGGACAGAUGAGCAUUUUACAGUACUUUGCCACAUACAUGGAAAAAAAUCUAAUGAAGGGAGGCGACCUUCCAUGCCAUGAAGAAGGAAGCCAGACCCCAUUACUACUACUGCAAUGGGUGAAAACCGAACAUGCACUGUUGAUGCUUUUUAGCAAUGGUACACUACAGGUGAAUUUUUACAAUGACCACACUAAAAUUAUCCUCUGCAAGCCUCUGGAUGCUUACCUGCUUACAUACAUCAACAGAGAUCGUAAUUCUCAGACAUUCCUCCUGAGUACCCUUGCACAAACUGGCUGUCGGUCUGAAAUGUACCAUCGCUUAAAAUACACUGUGAAACUGCUCCAGCAAAAGGCCGUGUCCUAGAUUGGAGAACUUUUGCAUCACUUGUACUUAGACCUGUUUGUAAAGUGCAAUGUGACGAGUUUAUCCUAAUGGACAUGGGUACAGGCUUUGUGCUUGGCCUGUCUGUUUCUUGUUCUUGCCUCACCACGGAAAUACCACUUCCUGCGGGUGUAUUUUGACCUUAUUCACAGGCCAAGGUCAAUCACAAAGUUUCUUGACAGAUCCUGUUAAGAAACAACAGUUGUGUAAUGGGAUCCCAGUGUGUGAGGACUUCAGUUUCUUCUAACGCAGCAUCUUCUAAUUGAAGAGGGUCCUAAAGCAAUUCUUCAGCUCUAUCGGAAACUCUAUAAUCCAGCAUGACAGAUUUCUUCUCAUAACGGCCUGUGAAAUUCGUAUGAGAAAGGUUUUACUUUGUCAUAGUGAACUUUGGUUAUAUCCUGCCAUACAAGUGCCAAUUUUUAAUUCACAGAAGUCAAUUUUUUUUUGAAUGGCAGCUUCCAGUGGUUAACACCUUUUUUUUGAUGAACAUGCUUCAAGGAUUCUCAAGUUUAAAAAGGCAUGGGUGGGGAAAGGCAGCUAAAUAUAUAUUUGAAUGGUCAUAUAUAUAUAUAUAUAUAUAUAUUUGAAGUGUGGAUCUUAAGAACAGGGUACAUACGAUAUCUAGCUUCUGGUGUCUCAAACCAUAUUUUUUUUAACUCUGGUGACUUUGUGACCCUCCCCCACACGUGCCUACUUCAUACAAAGAAACCAGCUGCUGCCAAGUCUGACUUGAAUUCCAACAUUUAGAGGAGAAACCUGUUUCUUUGGCCACCAGCUGCUUCGAAAACCCUUUUCAGACUAUGUGUUCUUAUUGACCAUAAUGCCUACUUUGCGCACAAUAUUCAUAUUUGCAAUGUAUUGGUUAAAUUUGACUGUCUGACGGAACAUAAAGCAGACCAGCACUAUGUAACCCUAUGUAACACCUUGCAUACGAGUGAAAAGCAAAACACUACAGUUGUGUAUCAUUUCAAUCAAUAUACCUACCCACUUCUAAAUGUAAUAUUUGGUCAUUUUAGGGCUGAAAUACACAGUGCGCAUUCUUCAGAUCAGACGCGAUGAGCGGAAACUGAUGCGACAAGAUGGAUGCGCUGAAUAUAAUGUAAGUAAUAGGAAUGUCUGACCUACAAGCUGCCUGCAUUCUGCACGACUGAUGCGAAUGCCACACGUUGCAUCCUUAUCUGACAGUUGUGUCAGAUGUAGGCAGCUUGUAGGUCUGACAUUCCUAUUAUUUGCAUUAUAUUCAGCAAAUCCGUUUCAUCGCAUCUGCUUUCUCUCCUCAAAUCGGAUCUGAAGAAGGUGCACUGUGUGUUUCAGCCCUUAGAAUAAGUCUGUCUGGCUUUGUCCAGAUACUUUGAAAGGUGAUUACUUUGUCCGUGUGAAGGCUGGCGCAUCUUUAUCCUAAUCGUCAGUCAGUGACAACUGGCAUGUUCCCUUUCCUGUAUUGCAGAGAAACAACACCUUUUUAAUAUUGCAUGUACAGUAAGGGUAUGUUUUUGAAUAUGCAACAACUUGCUUGCAUUUGUCCCUGGUUCUGAGCAUUUUAUCCUGCAAGAUAUACCAGACCUAGAAUGUUGCAGCUCAGAGGAAGCAAGCGUUAAAUGCACAUUGCCGCUGUUGCACAUUACACUAAAUACCAAAGGGAGUUUUUAUUUAUUUUCACAUUACCUAUUAAGCAGCAUUUUAUUUUUAAAAUGGGUCCUCACUAAAAUGUAACUGAAGGAAAGUAGGUUGUCUUGAUGGGUGACUUUUUUUUAUUUUUUUCCCUUUUCUACCAAAGACCCUGUAAUGCAUAUGGGUUGAUCUCUAACUGACACUUUUUUUUUUUUAUGGUGUGGAGUUCCUUUUUAAGCACUUUAAAGUUCCCAUUUUAUUCAUUGUAAAUGCUGCAUAACUGGGUCUGUUUCCAGAUUUGCAGGUUUCUAAGAAGAGUCACAUUAAAGUCAUGGAAAGCUGAAGUCUUCCCAGGCACCCCUUCGAAAGCCUGCUAAGUAAGGCUUUUACUUGAAAAUUCCUGUCUUGGAGUUCUGUGCUUUGUUAAUGGUACAAGUCCCUGUAUAAUAUUCAGGGUGUCAAGCUUGUUUGUUCUUUAUUAUGAUUUAUUUAUAUAUUCUGUUUUUUAUUUAUGAAGUUAUUUAUUUUUUCUUGUCAUGUAUGUCAACCUGGAAGUGAACGAAAUGUUUUUGGCUUUGUUUUUUUUUUUUUUAUAAAGUAUUGGAAAUAAACCUUAAAACAGCACAACAUUGCUGAUUUUAUUUUCAGUUCCAAAUAAUCUAACAAAAAAUGUGGUCGAGUCCAAGUAAUUAUUGAAGUAUUUGUUAAGGAUAUGAACACUACAUUUUUAUUUUUUCAGAUUUCACGUGUACUGCUGCAGCUAAGCUUCCAUCUCUUCCUUGCCAUAGCUGAAUGUCAGACUUCACAUAACCUUGCUAAUAAACUAGUUGGUCCUUUGA